CCGAUGCAUUGCGGAGAUACAGUUCGUGAUUCCAGUGUGUUGCAUGUAUUACGAUUCACGCACAGUUGUACUUGCUCGCAAUCUUUUCCGAGGAGUACACAUUACAUAAUAUCCGGUAAAUAUCGAACUGUCAUGACAAAUGAAAGCGGCGUUAAAAUUUUAUAUUCCAUUUAAAGGGUGGUUUUUCUGCAAUCUGUAUUUACACUUUUGCAUUUAGAUGAGAAUGAAAAUCGUUUUUGCUCCGAAAAUCUCAAAGAAUCAAAACAUUCAACGAAGGAUUUCGACUAUACAUUGCGUCAUAUGUGUUAUAAAAAAGAAAGAUUGCUAAAGGAGGUAAAAAUGCAUUAAUAGAGAUUGCGAAGAAAUAUAUACGAUGACAGAAAGUUACAUAAUAAAUGCACAAAUGGAUUGAAUUCUUUAAUUAUAAACAUUCAUCUGUAUAUAUAAUACUUUGUUGCAUAAAAUGGAUAUAAUUUCGUCAUAAUUCAAUGCUUCAGAUUAAGAAAAAAAAAAAUUACUACCAUUUCAUAUAACAUUAAUAUUUAAUGUUACUAGGAAGAAAUGCCACAAAUUAUGAAAAACGUAUUAAAAACAGUUUUUUCUACUCUACGAUUUUUGCAAAAAGAAAAUGCAGCACCCGUAAGAAUGUUUCGUAUCACUUCUAAUACUGACGAUAGCGCGAUCGCAAGGCGAUUGACACUUUCGUGACGUAAACGAUAUAUUAUAUUCAUAAACUAUAUUUUUUUGUAACUGUUAAAUUUGUUUCUUGGAAUAAACAAGUUUGGAAUAAAUUAACGAUUAUUUAGCAUAUUUGCGAAAAAAAAUAAAUAAGUGACCUUGAGUCAAAUUUCGAUUGACAAGUUCCGCAUGGUGAAAAAUGCUGCGUACUUGACGAACACGUGGUCAACAAAAUUCGCAAAAGAUUUUAAUUUAUCUAAAUAUCAUCCUAAACUCAUUUUUGAACAUAAUGGCGACGGGGAAAAAUUCGAUGAAGGAUUGGAACGUCGCUAGAACCGGUAUCUCCCUGCUGUUGAACAACAAAAUCGAGGAGGCUGAGGCUCUGUUUACCGAGCAUCCUCAUAGCUUCCACGUCAAAGCCGGCCGCUGCUUUGUUCUUUUCAUGAAUGCUCUAAUGACUUUCGAAGAUGAUAAACUUCAGCAAGCCAUGUUAUUACUUAAGGAUAUGGAACGGGAAUGUGCGAGCGAUAUUGGGUGGCUAAAGUCCGUGAAAAGUAAAGUGUUUCGAGCAGAAGAGACUGGUAAGGAUUAUGUGAAUAAAUUGGAGCGCCAAAUCAUUCUAGCCGAUUCGCAAGUUUGUUCGGCCAUAUUAACGCUUCUCCAACAAGAAUUAACCGGAUAUGUACGUGGUGGUUGGAUGCUUCGUAAAGCUUGGCGAGUUUAUCAGCAUGCGUAUAAUCAGAUUUCGCAGCUAUAUCGGCGCACCUUCGGUACAAAUCCGACGGGACUCAGCCCGUACUGCGGCACUCCGACGAGCAAUGGAUCCUCUUUGCAGAGUCCGCAAAGCCCAGAAUCCUCGGAAUGGUCGAUACCCUCCUGCAAUGGUUACGUGAACAACGUGACACCCGUAUCGUCGCCAUCAGGUCUGCGAAGCUCUCUAUCAAUGUUCUUCUCGCUCACUGGCAUCACGUCCGAACAACAGACACCCUUUGUGGAACCUACGGAGGUGACACGUUUAAUGUCGGCCGCGAGUUUCGGUUACGGUAUAUACCAGUUAUGCGUAAGCCUUUUGCCGCCCUCCUUGCUGAAAGUGAUCCACUUUUUGGGCUUCGAGGGUGAUAGACAGGCUGGUCUGGCCGCCCUUAUGUACGCACGAGUCAGCGAAGAUAUGCGCGCACCGCUCGCUACCUUAUCCCUUCUUUGGUAUCACACAAUUGUGCGUCCGUUUUUUGCACUCGACGGUUCUAAUGUGAAAGCGGGCGUCACAGUAGCAAAACAGCUGAUAGCUGAAUGUCAUCCCGAAUUUCAUAACUCUGCACUCUUUCUUUUCUUCGCUGGUAGAGUGGAACGUCUAGAGUCAAACGUCAAUGCAGCGCUCGAAGCGUACGGUAAAGCUGUAGAGACUUCGACUCAACGUGAAAUCAAAUUACUAUGUCUGCACGAAGUGGCUUGGUGUCAUCUAAUAUGUUUGAGCUACGAGGAAGCGUAUCGAUCCUUAUUACAAUUGCAACAUCAGUCUAGGUGGUCCAAGAGCUUCUACGCAUACCUAGCCAUGGUUUGUUGUGGAGCAAACGGCAAAUUUGAUGAUCUGCUAACGACUUAUGACAAAAUACUUCACUGGUUCCACGAAAUGAAUAGAGAGACGCAACUCGGCGCUUUUAUUUUGCGCAGAGUACCGAAGCUCAUUGACAAAGACACUGGGCGUCCUUAUACACUUCUGUAUUAUAGGUUGCUCGUGUACGAAUUAUUGUACUUAUGGAAUGCCAUGCCGUCCUGUUCCACCGAAUCGCUGCGUGGAAUAUUAUGGGAAUGUAAGAAAAAUCAUUCAGAGGAACCGAUGGUGGGUCUGGCUGCUCUUUUGGAAGGUGCAGCGUCUUUCUAUUUGGGAGACACUGAAGCGGCUAUUAAAAGUUAUCAAAACUGUUUGAAACGUAGAUAUCCGUCCAAGGACGAGUACGAUCAGCACAUUAGUGCGUUUGCUCUUUAUGAACUGGGAAGUAAUCUUUGCAACAAUAACAAUCCCAACGAAGGCAAAAAUUUCCUAUUGAAGGCACAAACUCAGUAUAGAGAUUAUGAUUUCGAAAGUCGACUCAAUAAAAAUAUGUAUGACGAAAGAACUGGAUCGUAUUUCUUAUUCACGAUCGUUUGUAAAGCUAUUUAUUCUAGUCGUCGUAUUGCAUCGCCAAAAUCUGGAUUAAUUAAUUUUUAUCGAUUCUUUUUGACAUUUCUUCUUCUUUAUAUUUUGAAAGCGCUGACACAAGUGCAUAAUGAAAGGACGCUAAUGAGUGCGCGAAAUACCUUCUGUUGCGUUAACGCAGGAAAUUGUCCGGGAACUUCGGCUAGCUGCAAUCAACGAUCCGCAUGGUAUAGGAAAUUAAUCAAACCCUUCGUUUUCUGCGUUAUCACGUCGAUGCUCGCAAUGUCCGUAUCUCAUCUUUGCGAUAAAUAUUCCGCUAGUGCGUCAUUCAAGAUGAUCAAAGCAGACUUGAGAAACCUGAGAGCUCAUUUGGGAACGCUCUCGCUGGAAAUGAAAAACGUAAUGGAGAUGCGCGACGAAUUGAAAAGCAAAUUGAAGGAAGUGGGCAACGUGAUUCCGAAAAUGUCAGAAGCUAUUCUUAAUCUGAGGAACGAAGUGUCCGAGGAAAUGAAUCUGCAUACGAAGAACUUGCUGAAAGCUCUAUCACCGGAAACCGUCAAGGAUAUGGUGAGAAACGAAUUACAGACAUACGAUGCCGAUAAAACUGGAAGAACGGAUUAUGCUCUUGAAAGUUCAGGUGGUACGAUCCUUUCAACACGAGACACCGAACCUUAUUCGACCGGCGCACCUGUACUCAAUCUAUUCGGCAUACCGCUUUGUCAGCAGCAAAACACACCUCGAGCCGUGAUACAGACCGGCGUUUUGCCGGGCGAAUGCUGGGCCUUCAAGGGUAGCCGCGGCAGCGUAGUGAUCCGACUACUCGGCCAGGUACACGUGUCCGGAAUCAGUCUCGAACAUAUUUCUCCGUUGAUAUCCCCGACUGGGGAAACCGCCACAGCUCCUAGAGAUUUUUCCAUUUGGGGUUUGACAGAUCUUGAGGAUGAGAAGCCUUUCUCAUUUGGCACAUUCACGUACGAUAAUACUGAUUCACCGUUGCAAUACUUUGAGAUCCAGAAUCGAUCGAAAGAAGCAUACGAGAUAAUCGAGUUGAAAGUUCAUUCCAACAGUGGUAAUCUGGAAUACACAUGUAUUUACAGAAUACGAGUGCAUGGCACGCUUAAACGAAUAUGAGUAUGAAUUCGAAAAACACAACAGGUAUUUGAAAAUUAAAAUUUUUCAAUGUUAUAGCAAAUGUAUAAAAUAUAAUUUAACAAAAAAUAUAUUUUAAAGAAGAACUGGAUGGAUCAACUAUGAUAAAAAUUGUAAUAAAUCUAACACAUUUCGCGAUUCAUGAAUUUGACAUUGCGCGCGCACAAAGCACUUUUAACCUUCUAGAAUAUAAAAUUAAUAAUUAAUUUAUAAGUUAAAGAUUUGUUCUGUAGAAGUAAAAUCUGUAUUUUUAGAAAUUUUUGUAUACUGUUAAUAUAAAAUUUUCGUAGUACACAAUAAAAAAAUUAGUUUAACAUAAAAUAAUAUUUUUUAUGAUUUUGAAAUUAAAUUCUACAAAGCUAAAUCUUCAUUUUAACAUAUCAAUUAUUAAUUUUAUAUUUUAAAAGGCUUUCUGUAUACGCAAUGUCGAAUUCAUAAAUCUCAAAAUAUAUUAUAUAUUAUAUUUAUAGUAUCUUAACUUUUGGCAUAUUCUAUUCAGUUCCUUCUUAAGAAAAAUUUACAACGAAUUUUU